AUGCUGGAAAAAAUAAAUUAAAAUGAUUGGAUUUGUUCAUAACCUUAAUAAAACCAUAGGGAUAUGGUGAUGUGCAACAUUAUAAAUUCAAAAGAGGAUUAGUUGUUUUCUGGUAGUAGAUUUAAAUAAGAAUAAAUUGACUUAUUGUUAUUAAUUAAAAAAACACAAUGCCAAAGUUAUUGCAUUAAGGUUAAAUUAAUCGGAAAAUUUUUUAGUAUCAUUCGCAGUUGAUAAGGAUUCAAUUAUUUUAUGGGAGAGGAACUAAAAUAACAAGUUUGAAUUUAAAUAUGUUUUUAUAAUUGCUGAAAUUUUGAAAAUUUUAAGUAAUAAUAAAAAAUUGAAUUCAUAUUUAUUAACUAAUUCAUCUAUAAAUAGUCAAUUUAAGCUGAAGGACUAAAACUUAAGUUUAUAAAAGAUUCAUAGUUUAUAUGGAUAACGAUAACAGGGGGUAAGGAAUUAGAUUAAGUAUGGGUGUUUGAAUUAGAGGAAGGAAUUUUUUAAGAAAAAAAGUAAAAAACUAUUGAUUUAAGCAGAAAUAAUUAAGUUAUUGAUGAAUUUCUUUUUCCAAUAAUUUACAAUAAAUAGAGGAAUUAGUUAUUCAUAAGACAUAAAACAAUCAUAUAUGUGA